AUGAAUACAAAUUCUUCCAACAUGAUGGCCUUGGCUCCUAACACUUCUAAGAAAAGAGAGACAGUGUGCAUAUUUGGAACUGGAGAUUUUGGACGAGCUCUGGGGCAUAAAAUGAUUCAGUGUGGCUACCACGUGGUGUAUGGAAGUCGGAGCACCCAGAUAUCAAACCUGAUUCCCAAGGAUGCAGAGGUGUUGAGCCACGCAGAGGCAGCACAGAAAGCUGCCAUCAUCAUUAUAGCAAUCCAGAGGCAACAUUACAACUUCCUUACACCACUAGCAGAAAUUCUCCAUGGAAAAGUUGUGGUGGACAUAAGCAACAACUUAAAAUUAAACCAGUAUCCUGAAUCCAAUGCAGAGUACCUUGCUCAGCUGUUGCCAGGCGCCAGGGUUGUGAAAGCCUUUAACACCGUGUCAGCCUGGGCCUUGCAGUCGGGAGCGUUGGAUGCAAGCCGGCAGGUGUUUGUCUGUGGAGAUGACACAGAAGCUAAAGAAAUGGUGAUGAAUAUUGUUCGUGCACUGGGUCUCACUCCACUUGAUCAGGGAUCCCUCUUGGCUGCUCAGGAAAUAGAAAAUUACCCUCUGCAGCUCUUUCCAAUGUGGAAGUUUCCCAUCUUUUUGUCCCUUGGCCUAACUGCAUUCUUCUUCUUCUACUGUUUGGCUCUUGAUGUAAUUUACACUUACAUAUACGAACACAAUAACUUUUCAUUUUUUAUUGCAAUGACCAUUCCAAAUCGGAUCUGCCCUGUAGUGGCACUCAUCCUUCUUGGCUUGGUUUAUCUUCCUGGUGUACUUGCUGCAAUUAUUCAGUUAUACAGAGGCACCAAAUACCGCCGUUUUCCAGACUGGCUGGACAAAUGGAUGCUGUGUAGGAAACAACUUGGACUAAUAGCCUUGGCAUUUGCCUCUUUGCAUGCUGUGUUCACUCUUGCUAGUCCACUCCGCUCCUUCGUAAAAUGGAGAAACGCCAAACCAAUCAUCUCCCAGGCACUGAACAAUAAAACAGAACCACUCGACACGACUAAUGCCUGGCUUAGUGACUCUUACUUGGCUUUGGGAAUUAUAGGGUUUUUUUUCUUUGUUCUUGUGGGAAUAACCUCCUUGCCUUCAGUCAGCAACAGUGUCAACUGGCGAGAAUUUCGAUUUGUACAGUCCAAACUGGGAUAUCUGACACUGAUUUUGUGUACUGCGCACACGCUGGUUUACGGCGGAAAAUGGUUCCUGAGCCCAUCAGCAUACAAAUGGUAUCUUCCAAACAUCUAUAUGCUCUCCCUCGUUGUGCCAUGUGCUGUACUGGUAGUCAAAUUUGUGCUGAUAUUUCCUUGUGUGGACAAACCUCUCACACGAAUUCGACAAGGCUGGGAGAGGAAUCCCAAAUCCUCGGAACAAUCAAAUUACAUUAUAAACAAGUCUGCUGUAUAAUUAGACUAAACUGUAUCAUCAAAAAAUAUUGUGAAGACACAUAAAAAUGAAAUCUUGAGCCUGCUCUAUCUGGAGAGGGAGAGAAAAAGUGAAAAAAUUGGCCAGACCCUGUGUGAAACAAAGUUAUCCCAAUGACAAGCUUAAAAUAAAAAUCAAAUGAGGCCAUUGAUUUUCUACACCCCAGGCAGUCUUUCACACAGGUGCAGGCCCUCUCUUCUGCUCUAUAUAUUCCCCCUUGCCUGUUUACCCUCCAUUUCUAAGAAGAGUAUGUGAGAAGUAAGUGGUGAUCCACGUCCUUCCUCUGUAGUUUCAAACCUCCUCCAGAGCUGGGCAGAUCCACAGUAACCUUUUCUGUUAGACAACGUCCGCUCCUCUUCCCUAUC